CUUGAGUCAGGGCUCAGUGGAGGCGGAGCAUUCCAUGCAAAUAGUCGGUAGAGGGUUUUCAACUCCGUGGCCGAUGGCUUCCAACGUGGUAUCUUGUAUGCGUGUGUGUGUAUAAGUCUGUUGAUCUGCACAAUUUAUGAAGCCUAGAAUAUGGAUAGCUGGUUUAAUCCAGCCUUCAGACCGGCAGAGGGAACGACUGUUCCGCAGAAAAGGACACAUCGACAGCCAGAUAUUGACCUUCUUACUAGGACAAGUUGGACGGAUGCAAAAACAGCACUCUCUCAGAUCAAUAAGGGUAAAGCUUCAGGAAACAAGGCAGCUUUGUGGCUGCGAACUAAGCUACAGGUACACUUGUUCCAACUGGGAUGUUUUAUACAGAAAAAUGCUGGAAAGGUGUUAUUUGUGGGACUUUUGGUAUUUUCUUCGUUCUGCGUGGGACUCAAGUCAGCAAGUAUGCAAACAGACGUUAAAAAAUUAUGGGUGGAAGAGGGAGGGCGUCUGGAAAAGGAGUUGAGGUAUAUCAGAAGUACCUUAGGAGAAGGUUCUGGAAGCACUCAUCAACUAAUCAUCCAGACUCCUAAGGAGCAAGGAGCUAACGUUCUUCACGUCGAUGCUCUUAUGCUGCACUUGUACGCAGUGCGCGCAGCCACUCAAGUCACUGUCGAGAUGUUUGGCGUAUCGUGGAGGCUAAAGGAUCUUUGUUAUUCACCUAGUAUUCCUAAGUUUGACGCGCAUUACGUAGAACAAAUUUUAGAAAAUUUAUUUCCAUGUGCCAUUAUCACUCCGCUAGAUUGUUUCUGGGAGGGAUCUACACUUGUUGGGCCUGAAAUUCCCGUUGUUAUCCCGGGAUUAGGCUUAAGUGUGAAGUGGACAAACUUAAAUCCACAUCGUCUCGUGGAGACAAUGAAAAAAUUUCAAAAUUAUGUAAAUUCUUUUCCUUUUCCAUACAUUGAAGACUUCAUGAAAAGGGCAGGGAUUACCACAGGGUAUCAAGAAAAACCAUGUUUAGACCCAACAGAUGAAUUUUGCCCAGAAUCGGCUCCUAAUAAGCGGUCACAUCAGAUCCCGGAUAUUGGUUACGAACUAACUGGCGGGUGUUACGGGUUUGCUACAAAGUAUAUGCACUGGCCAGAAGAUCUGCUUGUAGGAGGAGUCUUGAAAAACAAAAGUGGAUACAUCGUAAAAGCGGAAGCUUUACAGUCAGUAGUGCAACUGAUGGGCGAGAAAGAAAUGUUCGAAUUCUGGAAAGACCAUUACAAAGUCCACAAUCUUGGCUGGGAUGUAGCCAAAGCAAAACUAGUAUUAGAAACUUGGCAGAGAAAGUUUACAGAGGAGGUGAUUACGAUCACAAAGGCAUCCAAUCAGAGCAGACAUUACAACAUCAAUGCUUUCUCUACAACUUCUCUGGCUGAUAUUCUGAAAGAUUUUUCUGAAAUGAGCGUGACUCGUGUAGCACUGGGAUACAUCCUAAUGUUAGUUUACGCCUGUGCGUCCUUACUGAAAUGGACGGACGCUGUGAAUUCUCAGAGUGGAAUUGGACUUGCUGGAGUCAUGCUGGUUGCUUUGUCAGUAGCAGCAGGACUGGGUUUAUGUGCCAUCCUAGGCAUUGUAUUCAACGCCUCUACUACUCAGAUCGUCCCAUUUUUGGCCUUGGGUCUUGGAGUGGAUGAUAUGUUCUUGAUGGCCCACACUUACGCAGAGAACUUUCGUUCGAACAUCCCGUUUGAGGAUCGGACCGGAGAAUGUUUGAAAAGAAGUGGUGUUAAUGUGCUAAUCACUUCCUUCAGCAACAUGUGUGCAUUUUUCGCUGCAGCCAUCAUCCCAAUCCCAGCUUUAAGAGCCUUCGUUCUUCAAACGGCCAUCCUGGUCAUCUUCAACGUGGCCGCCAUGUUAUUGGUCUUCCCAGCAAUAGUCAGUUUGGAUCUUCGACGACGAGAAGCCAAACGAGUGGAUUUCUUCUGUUGUUUUAGUGGGAGUACACAAGUGUCACCCAUAUGCAACAUUGAAGAAGGCAGAAGGAGUGGCCUACGUAACAGUGCGAGAUUGGGAUCAACGUCAUCCUUAUGUCAUCUUGUUCCGUCCAGUGAAAUCCCCAAACGUCAGGCCGUCACUAGAGCACUUCCUCCUGAUCGCAAUCAUGUUGUUACGGUACUAGCGCCCCCUACAGGAAAUCAAACGCCUAAUUGUUGGACUGAAAACAACAAUAACACAGGUUGUUCAACACAACAUCUGUCAACCACCAAUUCUACAUCAACAAAGGAAUUUGUUCAAGACAGUGAGAAGAGCGUGAGACAGAAAUGCAUCGAGACUUGUGCUGGGGAUCGGCAGGGGUGUUUCGGGUGGUCCCUGACGUGGUUUGCCACACAUCGAUACGCCCCCUUCCUGCAAAAGAAUUCUGUGAAGGUUCUUACCGUCGUUUUAUUCCUUGUGGGUACUAUUGUAAGUGUCUGGGGGUUGUUUCGUGUCGAAGAUGGCCUCGACCUCACAGAUAUUGUACCACGAAAUACCAAUGAACAUAAUUUUCUUCACUUCCAAAGCAAGUACUUUGGAUUUUUCAACAUGUUUGCUGUCACCAAGGGAAAUUUUGAGUAUCCAACUAAUCAAAAAUUGCUUUACGAAUACCACGCGGCAUUCACGAGGGUUAACAAGAUCAUUAAGAACGAUGAUGGUGGGCUCCCUGACUUCUGGUUGUCGCUCUUUAGGGACUGGCUAUUAAGUCUGCAGAGAGCUUUCGAAAAAGAUUGGAAAGAUGGCUGUAUUACUCAAGAACGUUGGUUCCCUAAUGCUACCGAUGAGGCUAUCCUGGCCUAUAAGUUGCUGGUUCAAACAGGAAGAGUAGAUAAUCCUGUUGAUAAAUCUCUAGUUACCACAGCGCGACUGGUAGACAAAGAAGGAAUCAUCAACUCAAAAGCUUUUUACAACUACCUGUCAGCAUGGGUAUCUAACGACGCCCUCGCUUACUCAGCCUCUCAAGCUAACCUCCAGCCUGAACCUCGGGAUUGGAGGCACGAACCUCAGGAUGUGGACCUCAAAAUCCCCAAAUCCCAACCGUUAGUUUACGCUCAGAUGCAAUUCUAUCUCAAUAACAUGGGAGACACUAAUGAGAUAACGAAAACUAUUGAGGACAUACGAAUUUUGUGCGAGAAGUACGAGGAAAAGGGACUGCCAAACUUCCCUACAGGGAUCCCUUUUGUUUUCUGGGAGCAGUAUAUUGGGUUGAGGUUCUAUCUGUCCCUGGCUCUAAUUUGUGUCCUAACUGCUAUCUUCCUGGUAGUUUCCGUUAUCUUGGUAAAUCUCUGGGCUGCAGCAAUCAUGGUUGCUGUUUUGGCCGUCAUGGUUGUUGACCUUUUUGGUCUAAUGGGAAUUCUUGGAAUUCGUCUGAGUGCCGUUCCUGCAGUUAUUUUGAUAGUGGCUGUAGGGAUUGGAAUGGACUUUACAGCUCAUAUCACUAUGGGAUUCUUGACCAGCAUUGGAGACAGGAACAGAAGAAUGGCUAUGACGUUAGAACACAUGUUUGCUCCGGUUAUCCAUGGUGCUGUGUCCACACUUCUGGGUGUCCUCAUGUUGGCUUUCUCAGAAUUUGACUUCAUCAUCAGAUAUUUCUUCUAUGUCCUAGUUGCCCUUGUGUUUAUUGGUUUAAUAAACGGAUUACUGCUUUUGCCUGUGUUGCUUUCCUUGAUUGGACCGCCUGGAGAGGUGGUUCCUAACGAUGAUCCAGAUAGAUUAGCUACUCCAUCUCCAGAACCUUCUCCACCAAGACCUAGGGCACGGACGUCUCAACAUUUUAGUGGUCGGCGAGUGUAUCCACGAGUCAACUCGGAGAUCUCUCUCAGUACCAUCACGGAGGAGCCUCAGUCUUACCACUCAUCGCACGAAAUCGUUGUGCAGCCAGAAGUAGUAGUAGAAACGACAACUAUAACCAAUACAACAGCGACGACUGGCGGAAAUGGCGUACACGUCACCAGCACAUCUACAUCAUCAGAUAACACACACACCAGCAGCUGCUCUGCGAGCCCUACAGAUUCUUGCUCCCAAGUUCUUCAUACAAACACAACGCAGACGGCUGUUACAACAAAAGUCACCACUACCGCCAAGGUGAAAGUGGAGGUACACACCCCUCUUCCAGGGACGGUAGAGAGGGAGUAUAGCUAUAAACAUCGGAGGCGGAGAGAAGGAAUUUCUUCAAGACAAAGUGAUGGAGACACUGACUUGAGUAGUAAUUCAAAGUCCUAGAAAGACGGUGUGCUCAACAACAGCAUGAUAUUGCUGUGAGAACAGGGACAUUACUAACUCCAUGCUCUGACGUAUGCAUAUUUAUAGCUGAAUAAUCUAGAAUUAACUUAAGUGACUGUAUAAGAAAAAAAGCAACAUAGGUACUGUACAGUUUUAUCUCCACAAACUGUAAAAUACAGUCCUGCUGUGUAAAACAAAGGUGGGCGUGAUUCCAUGGAAGACAGUUGUGUUCAGCUAUUUGGCACUGCUCUGUGACUGAGUGUAUUACAGAGGAAAGCUAACAUGCUUGGUACUUCACGAGAGAACUUUCAUCCAGUCUGUCAUACCAGAAAGUGCUCCGCCAUCGUCCAGUCUGUCAUACCAGAAAGUGCUUCGCCAUCGUCCAGUCUGUCAUACCAGAAGGUGCUCCACCAUUGUCCAGUCUGUCAUACCAGAAAGUGCUCCACCAUCUUCCAGUCUGUCAUACCAGAAAGUGCUUCGCCAUCGUCCAGUCUGUCAUACCAGAAGGUGCUACACCAUUUUCCAGUCUGUCAUACCAUAAGGUGCUCCGCCAUUGUCCAGUCUGUCAUACCAGAAAGUGCUCCACCAUCUUCCAGUCUGUCAUACCAGAAAGUGCUUCGCCAUCAUCCAGUCUGUCAUACAGAAGUGCCACACUGUUGUUGUGUAUUCAUGGUUUUAUACGUCGAAUAACCGUCUUCACUUUAUUAGUCUGGCAUAACAAUACAGAAAUGGAAAAGCAAUCCAUAUCACAGCUUGUUGCUGUACUAGAGUCACGUAUUGUUUGUUGACUUGUGGGUGAAAAAAGAUUGUAAAGUUUGGAAACUAUGGUUAGUCUAGUUGUGAUGUAAGCUGAAUCUUAGAGCAAAACUCAGGCAUUUUUGUAAUUUUCUUUUAUAUAUAUAAUUGUCAUCUGAGGUCACAUAUAACGUAAGUGGAUUUUGAGCAGUAUUAAUCAUAUGUAUAAUAGUUUAACAAAUAUCUCUGCUCGUAACAUAACUUACUAAAUACAAAUAGGUAACUAAACAUGACAAUAGUAUUCUCAUAGUUGUGAAAAAGCGUAGAAAACUUACCGUCGUCGAGUAACCAUUUGUUUUGAAAAUGUCUUUUGCUCAAAAAAAAAGGUGUUUUACAUGCGAUUGUUUUUAUAAGAGCCUAAUUUAUAUUUAUGUGAGGAGAAUAUGAAUAAUGUAUCACAGGUACGCAGACUUUGUCAUAAUAAUCAGUGUAACGUUAGGAAUGUUGCUCUAUGAAUGAACGUGUUUGCGUUUCAUUGUCACACCGUUCGACAAAAAAAAAAAGAGCUGAGAACACAUGGUGACCUCCAACGGAGUUUUCAAGAAGUAUAUAUUUUUUAGGAUCUCCGUUCUUUAUUUUUUAACAACUGUAUAAGCUCGUGGCGGGAAAUUUUAACGGACUAAAUCGGUGUAGGCAUGAGUGAGUGAUUAAAAUAUCUAUUUGUAUGAAUGAAUGACAACAGUAUAAUGAAUAAUAUGUAAAUGAACACAAUGAUUUGGCCAGGUAAUGCAAAAGCUGUAAGAGUUAUAUUAAAAACGAGUGAAAAAAGAAACAAAUGCGCGGUCAACGCUAUUAAUGUAGCUGACGUUGGUACAGUUUUGCUUGUCAGCUGGGAUGAUAAAUAUUAUUUAUUUUGUAAAAUAAUUGCAUUGUUCUUUAAGACUAUUUUAUUGUAACUUUUAAGAAAAAGUUGGUGUUAACUGAUCCCAUUAGUGUGUGUGUGUGUUUUUUCCGUUUUUGAUGUAUAAUAAUUUGUAAGAAAUAUUGUAGAUACUGAUGACUUAAAAGUCAAACAUAUCAAAUUAAUGAUUUUACUCCAGCAGCUAACUGUGUAUAUUCUAAUAAAGCCCAAAAUGGGAAUUAGUCUAAUUAAGAUUUUAAAAAAGGUUAA